UGGUUUUAGGGGACAUCACACAGAAGGGGUAUGAGAAGAAGAGAGCAAAGCUGCUGGCUCCAUAUGUCCCACAAAGCCAAGGGGUUGAUCCAGCGUUACAGAAGGAAUCCAGAGCACCUCAGAUGCCUGCUCCAUCCGCAGCUCCAGCCUCAUCCUCCUCCUCCUCCUCCUCCUCCUCCAAAUUCCACCGCGCUCGCUCGGGGGGAGCCCGAGAUGAACGGUAUCGCUCCGAUAUCCACACGGAAGCGGUGCAGGCGGCGCUGGCCAAGCACAAGGAGCAGAAGAUGGCCCUGCCCAUGCCCACCAAGCGACGCUCCACGUUUGUCCAGUCCCCAGCAGAUGCCUGCACUCCCCCAGACACGUCUUCCGCCUCCGAGGACGAGGGCUCGCUGAGGCGCCAGGCCGCUCUCUCUGCUGCAUUGCACCAGAGCUUACAGAAUGCUGAGUCUUGGAUCAACCGAUCUGUUCAGGGGUCAUCCACAUCCUCAUCAGCAUCCUCUACGCUUUCCCAUGGAGAAGGCAAAGGGACCAGUGGGUCACUAGCUGAUGUAUUUGCCAAUACUCGAAUAGAGAAUUUCUCAGUCCCCCCAGAUGUCACAGCAACUACCUCCACCCCCUCGGCCCGGCCGGCGGCGAUCGACCUCCCUCCCUCUGGAAUUGUCAAGGGGAUGCACAAGGGAUCCAACCGCUCCAGCCUCAUGGACACUGCUGAUGGUGUCCCUGUGAGCAGCAGAGUCUCCACCAAAAUUCAGCAGCUGCUCAACACCUUGAAAAGGCCCAAAAGACCACCCCUGAAAGAAUUCUUCGUGGAUGACUUUGAAGAAAUCGUGGAAGUCCCCCAGCCCGACCCCAACCAGCCCAAGCCCGAGGGCAGGCAGAUGACCCCGGUGAAGGGGGAGCCCCUGGGAGUGGUUUGUAACUGGCCUCCUGCCCUGGAAGCAGCUCUGCAGCGUUGGGGGACCACCCAGGCCAAGUGUCCCUGUCUGACAGCCCUGGAUGUGACAGGAAAACCCGUUUACACCCUCACAUACGGCAAACUGUGGAGCAGAAGUCUCAAGCUGGCCUACACCCUGCUCAAUAAACUGGGGACCAAAAACGAGCCUGUGUUAAAACCUGGAGACAGGGUGGCCCUUGUCUACCCCAACAACGACCCCGUGAUGUUCAUGGUGGCAUUUUAUGGCUGUCUGCUGGCAGAAGUGAUCCCAGUGCCUAUAGAGGUACCUCUUACCAGAAAGGAUGCUGGUGGGCAGCAGAUUGGCUUCCUGCUGGGGAGCUGUGGCAUUGCCCUGGCCCUCACCACUGAAGUGUGUCUGAAAGGGCUCCCAAAAACCCAGAACGGAGAAAUCGUGCAGUUCAAAGGUUGGCCCAGGCUCAAAUGGGUUGUGACAGAUUCAAAAUAUCUCUCCAAAUCUCCCAAGGACUGGCAGCCCAACAUCUCAGCAGCAGGAACUGAGCCAGCAUAUAUUGAGUACAAGACCAGCAAGGAGGGCAGUGUCAUGGGGGUCACGGUGUCCCGGGUGGCCAUGCUGGCCCACUGCCAAGCCUUGUCUCAGGCCUGCAACUACUCUGAAGGGGAAACGAUAGUGAAUGUGCUGGACUUCAAGAAGGAUGCAGGGCUGUGGCACGGAAUCCUCACGAAUGUAAUGAACAAGCUGCACACCAUCAGCGUGCCCUAUUCUGUGAUGAAAACCUGCCCUCUCUCCUGGGUGCAGAGGGUCCAUGCCCACAAAGCAAAAGUGGCUUUGGUGAAGUGUCGAGACUUGCACUGGGCCAUGAUGGCCCACAGAGACCAAAGAGACGUCAGUCUGAGCUCCCUGAGGAUGCUGAUCGUCACUGAUGGUGCAAAUCCCUGGUCUGUCUCCUCCUGUGAUGCCUUCCUGAGCUUGUUCCAGAGCCAUGGGCUCAAACCAGAGGCGAUUUGUCCCUGUGCCACCUCCCCCGAGGCGAUGACCAUCGCGAUCCGGAGGCCUGGAGUCCCUGGGGCCCCUUUGCCAGGCAGAGCCAUCCUGUCCAUGAACGGGCUGAGCUUCGGGGUGAUUCGGGUCAACACUGAAGAUAAAAACUCUGCUCUCACCGUCCAGGACGUUGGCCACGUGAUGCCAGGAGGCAUGAUGUGCAUUGUGAAACCUGAUGGGCCACCCCAGCUCUGCAAAACAGACGAGAUUGGUGAGAUCUGUGUGAGCUCCAGAGCAGGAGGGAUGAUGUACUAUGGGCUGGCAGGGGUGACAAAGAACACUUUCGAGGUGAUCCCUGUGAACUCCUCAGGCUCUCCAGUGGGGGAAGUGCCCUUCGUCCGCUCCGGCUUGCUGGGAUUUGUCGGCCCCGGCAGCCUGGUGUUCGUGGUGGGGAAGAUGGACGGGCUGCUGAUGGUGAGCGGGCGGAGGCACAACGCCGACGACAUCGUGGCCACCGGCCUGGCCGUGGAGUCCAUCAAGACAGUUUACAGGGGAAGGAUCGCCGUGUUCUCCGUGUCCGUGUUCUACGACGAGAGGAUCGUGGUGGUGGCGGAGCAGAGGCCGGAUGCCUCCGAGGAGGACAGCUUCCAGUGGAUGAGUCGGGUGCUGCAGGCCAUUGACAGCAUUCACCAAGUGGGGGUGUACUGCCUUGCUCUCGUGCCAGCCAACACAUUGCCAAAAACUCCGCUGGGAGGGAUCCACAUCUCACAAACCAAACAGCACUUUCUGGAGGGCUCUCUGCACCCCUGCAACAUCCUCAUGUGCCCACACACCUGUGUGACAAACUUGCCAAAGCCCAGGCAGAAACAGCCAGGCGUGGGCCCUGCCUCUGUGAUGGUGGGGAACCUGGUUGCUGGGAAGCGAAUCGCUCAGGCCUCGGGGAGAGACCUGGGCCAGCUGGAAGACAACGAUUUAGUUAAAAAGCACCAGUUCCUGACAGAAGUGUUGCAGUGGAGAGCUCAGGCCACUCCUGACCACCCGCUCUUCCUUUUACUGAACGCCAAGGGAACCACUGUGUGCACGGCCACCUGCCUUCAGCUGCACAAGAAGGCCGAGAGGAUCGCGUCAGUGCUCUGUGACAAAGGACAUCUCAAUGCAGGAGACAAUGUGGUGCUUCUUUAUCCUCCUGGCAUUGAGCUCAUCACAGCCUUCUAUGGCUGCCUGUACGCCGGCUGUGUGCCCGUCACCGUGCGCCCGCCCCAUGCCCAGAGCCUCACCGCGACCCUGCCCACCGUGAGGAUGAUCGUGGAGGUCAGCAAAGCCGCCUGUAUCCUCACAACCCAGACCCUGAUGAGGCUGCUCAAGUCCAGGGAGGCAGCUGGAGCUGUGGAUGUGAAAACCUGGCCAACCAUCAUCGACACAGAUGACUUGCCCAGGAAGAGACUGGCCCAGAUCUAUAAGCCACCCACGCCUGAAAUGUUGGCAUAUCUAGAUUUUAGUGUCUCCACAACGGGCAUGCUCACAGGAGUAAAGAUGUCCCAUGCUGCUGUCAGUGGCCUGUGCAGGGCCAUCAAGCUGCAGUGUGAGCUCUACUCCUCCCGGCAGAUUGCCAUCUGCCUCGACCCCUACUGCGGGCUGGGAUUCGUGCUCUGGUGCCUUUGCAGUGUGUAUUCUGGACACCAGUCAAUUUUAAUUCCUCCUAUGGAGCUGGAAUCCAACCUUUUUCUCUGGUUAUCUACUGUCAGCCAGUAUAAAAUAAGGGACACUUUCUGUUCCUAUUCAGUCAUGGAACUGUGCACAAAGGGACUUGGAAACCAAGUUGAAAUGUUAAAGGCCCGGGGCAUCAACCUGUCGUGCGUGAGGACGUGCGUGGUGGUGGCGGAGGAGCGGCCCCGCGUGUCCCUCACCCAGUCCUUCUCCAAGCUCUUCAAGGACAUCGGCCUCUCGUCCCGCGCCGUCAGCACCACCUUCGGCUCCCGGGUCAACGUGGCCAUCUGCUUACAGGGAACGUCCGGGCCCGAUCCCACCACGGUGUACGUGGACCUGAAGUCCUUGAGACAUGACAGAGUCCGUCUGGUGGAACGAGGAGCUCCACAGAGCCUGUUGCUUUCCGAGUCUGGGAAGAUUCUGCCUGGAGUCAAAGUGGUCAUUGUCAACCCGGAGACAAAAGGGCCUCUGGGAGAUUCCCACCUUGGGGAGAUCUGGGUGAACAGCCCCCACACGGCCAGCGGUUACUACACCAUCUACGACAACGAGACCCUCCAGGCCGACCACUUCAACACCCGCCUGAGCUUCGGCGACGCGGCGCAGACGCUCUGGGCCCGCACCGGUUACCUGGGCUUCGUGCGGCGCACCGAGCUCACGGCGGCUGUUUUCCCUCUCUCCCCAGAGCGCCACGACGCCCUGUACGUGGUGGGAGCCCUGGAUGAGACCCUGGAGCUGCGGGGGCUGCGCUACCACCCCAUCGACAUCGAGACCUCGGUGUCCCGGACCCACAGGAGCAUUGCUGAAUGUGCCGUGUUCACCUGGACCAACCUGCUGGUGGUGGUGGUGGAGCUGUGUGGCUGCGAGCAGGAGGCUCUGGAUUUAGUCCCUCUGGUGACCAACGUGGUCCUGGAAGAGCAUUACCUGAUCGUGGGCGUGGUGGUGGUGGUGGAUCCCGGGGUCAUCCCCAUCAACUCCCGAGGCGAGAAGCAGCGGAUGCACCUCCGGGACAGUUUCCUGGCAGAUCAGCUGGACCCCAUUUACGUGGCCUACAACAUGUGAUGGCAGGAGCUGCAGGAGCCCAGAAGGACCAGGGUGGUGAUGGAAGUGAAGCUGGUGAAAUUACUAAUACUUGACCUACAGGUUGAGGUUGCUGCCACAUUCCUUCCCUCCCGGCCCCCGGGGGAGCGGAGGGAAUUUGGGAGGCAACUGGCAAACCUUUGUAACAGUUUACUGAACACAUGAGCUUUAGAGAAAUGCAAAGUGGGAAAGUGUGUGAGCUACAAAACCCCCAAGGCCUUUACAGUAGUGUUACUUUUUCAUCCGUUGUACAUAUUUGUAUUUUUAUCUAAUCCCGGGGUAGGAUUCUAUAAGGGGAGGGUUUAUUUAGUUAAGAUAAUAAACUAUUAAGAAAAAGGGUCAUCAGAGUUCUGCAGUUCCCUACUCCAUGAUCUCCUUUGCAUCUGGAGCUGCUCAUCCCCUGGGAUCACACGACUUAUUGACAAUUGUGCCAUGACCAAAUCAAUAACUUACGGAAUUGAAGAGUUGCUUAUUCAUAUAGAGAUUUCUGGAAUUUAAAAAAGAAUUUUGCCUAUAUUUUAAAUAUGUAAAUAUUAUUAUUAUACAUAAUUCACUUAGCUAGAAAAUUAACUUGGCUAAUGAGGACAGCUGAAGGUUGAUGUUUUUAAGGACAGGUGACUUUUGUGGUCCUCAGCAUCCUGGCAUUGGCUUAGACACAAUGUGAGAUGCUCCCACCUUCCACAGGUUUCUGAUUUCAUUUGUCUCUUCAUUCUGGCCAGAAGUGUGUCAGAGCAUGUAGAACCUUUGAUAUUAAGGCACAUCCCUCUCCAAGAGAUGAAUUUAAAACGUGGAACUGGGGAGAAAUGGCAAUGCAAGUCCCGAAUCCUGAACUGGAAUGAUGCAGCCUCUGCCUCAUCCUCUGGCUCCAGGUGUGGGAAGGAAAAAACAUUCCUUAGGUGGACACACAGGUAACUCCCCUGCUUGUGCCAUCCAUGACUCCUUCCAUCCCCAGGAAAUACUGUAAAUAGGCUUUAGUAAAACUGGGAGCCAACAGCCCAUCUUCCCUCAGAGCAUUCCCUGGAAAGAACAGGAGAAUCCCGGGUUUGAGUGGGAUGCAAGUUUUAUUUUACAGGAGACAGAGCAAUUGUGGCAAACACAACCUUCAGGAACGUUGUGCAGACUGCUCUGCCAGCCUUCCACCUCCUGGGUCAGCUCCAAAGUUAGGGAAUGGGAGGAAAGAGAAGCCUUAGAGAGCAGCAGGUACAAGCUUUUCCUGCUGGGAAGCCCCUCCACGGAGCCAGUGGUUGAGCUUUGACUCAAAAAUGACCUUUUCCGUUUUAACACCUCAUCUUUCAAUAGCAAUUACAUUCCUCUGGGUGCUAAAAUAUGAUUUUGGAAGCCUUGGGGGGCUGCUGCCAGAUCCUGCAACAGGGUUUUGUUUUUUUUUUUUGAGUCCCAUGUGGUAUAUACAGUGUAAAUAUAAAACUUUUCAGACGUUCCAGAUACCUCAUGCAAAGUUUUUAGGCCGUUUUUAAAAAGGUUCCUGGUGUGGACUCGGAAGAUCCUGUGGCAGUUCCUGGAGCAGGACCCGGUGGAUCCGUGGGCAAAGCCCAGCCAUGUCCUGGA